AUGACGUCAUCAGGCUGUCCGACCUUCACCUUGGCCAUGCGUCACACGGACAAAGACGUGAGCUCUGCUAGAUGGGCGAUCGUCCGGAGACCGCGUGGGAAAACUUCCAGCGAGCGUCGUCAGAAAGUCUCUCCCAACGACCAGAUCUUUAGCGACCAUUUCAGACGACCACUGGACAAUUCCAUCUGUUUGACCGUGUACGACAGCGACAACCCACACUUUACGACAACAGGGACGGUUUUUGGUAUUGCUAGACCUGCAAAGACUUCGUUUUUGUUCGGCAAGAGACACAUUGGAAAUGGUGAAGCUGAUGUGUUGGAUGGUAGAGAGGAUGUGUCUGUUGAUAUGGGAUGUGUCUCCAGCUACCCAGGGUACACACCGUAUCUCGCAGUACACACGUUCAAUGACGUCAUUUCGUAUCACCCAAGAGAGACGUCACAUGACAUAGUACACGUGUUAAGUGACAUCAUUCAAAUGCCAGAAAUCGCGAGACUGAUGAACACAUUGUGGUACCACAGAGGAGUCUCGUGUGAAGACAGGUGCUGGUUGUUCUAUAGAGUCUUGUGUGAAGACAGGUGCUGGUUGUACAGAGAGCGAUUGCUGACUAACAACACAAAUAAUAACAGCGAUCAAGAGGGUGAAGAUCUUACUGAGGAUGAACAGCACACUGACGAAGAAGAGGAAGAGGACGAAGAAGAAGAAGAGGAAGGGGAAGAUGACAAGGCCGAGGAGCCCAAGAAAGGUCGAGAGGUCAAGAAAGAGGAGGAGGAUGAGGGCCUGAUGCUGGACAGGAUGCUCUUCGUCUGGCACGCUGCACUGCUGAUCGUGUGCUUUAGCCUGCUGUCUGUGGGGAUUGUCCUACGAUUUUUCUUCACUAACCUCGUCAUGUCGUCCCUAAAGAACCUGCCAACAUACGAACAGUACGCCAACUUUGUCAGAUUUGACCUCGCCCCACAGGACCUCUAUUUCGGUGAUCUGGUCACGAUGCUGGGGAACUCUUUGAUUAUUCUAAACGCUGCCUACAUUAUGUGCAUCGUGAUGUAUAUGAGCUUUUUGAUACACAGAAACCCGUUCACCCUCCCCCUGGUGGGUCUGGUGUCAGGGGCGGUCAUCUUGACCGAAGUGAACGUCAUCAACGUGUACAUGUCGCCCGACUCCUUCGCCAACGAGAAGGCCGUGUCCUAUCUGAAGAGAAAGUUGAUGAACAAUUACACAAUAGACGACAGUACGGUCUUCUCCCUGACCUACGACAUCAUAUCCAUCUGGGGCGAGUGUUGUGGCAUCAACGACCAGUACGACUUUCCGACGUCAGGACUCCGAUACAUGCAGCCCUCGGCUAAAAUCAAAACCUAUCAGGUCCCGCCCACCUGCUGCCGGAGGGACGUGUUCCAGAGGUCGGUGACUAACGUCUAUCAGUGUGCUGAGACAGGGGAUCAUAUUUAUACGAAAGGGUACUACGUUGUUUUUUAA